AUGACCAAGAAGAACACCAACAAGAAGAGCAACAACACGACACCCAACAACAACGCUCAAAAGAAGAAAACUACCACUCCUUCUCAAAGCAAAUCCUCUUCUUCUGCUAAUGAGCAGCAGCAACCUAAACCUGUGGUGAUUGAACAAUCUCCCGAAGAGCAGCAAAUUCAAACUUCCACUGUUGCAUCAUCACCAUCCGAUGAGAUAACCCAAACGGAGAGUACUCUCGAUGAAAAGACAGCAACCUCACCAACCAUCUCAUCUCCAGUUGAUCAAGAAGAAACAACCAAACAAGAACCAACGAGUACCGCCACUGAAAGCACAACCACAGUGGUAGAGAAGCAAGAGGAAGAGGUGGUUGUUUCUUCAUCAUCACCAGAAGAAGCAGCUUCAUCCGAUAAUGCCAGCACCACUGUUAUGGAAUCCUCUUCCGUACCUUCUUCUGAGUCUGUAAAAGAAGACUCAACAGAACAGCAACAAGUAGAACCAUCAUCUCAAGUUGCGGAAAGUAGUACUCGGGAUGAGUCGUCAUCCUCAACACAGGAACCAACACAGAUCACUACUACUGAAACUACAACAAACCCAGAAGAGGAAACCUCCUCAUCAGAAACACAGACACUCACAAAUGGUUCUACCGUCAAUAUUAGCAGCGAUAAUGACGCUCUCAUUCAAUCGACUCUCUCAUCUUCUACAGACUAUGUCAUGGUUAAUAGUGUACAAGCGUUGAGUGAGAGUAUGAUUCAGAAUUUGAAUGAAGACUCCACGAGUCCACCAUCUUCAUUGACAAAUUCUCUAAUGAACACAUCUACUACGGUUGAAUUGAAUACUGAGACCAUUCAAGUGAAGGAAGAUCAUUUUGAAUUGAGUGAAGAUUUGGGCAAAAGUGUUGACUUUGGAAAUAAGGAAUUGGUGAUGAAUGAGGUCAAACACUCGGAAACAAGUGAAACCAAUGAAACAGAAUCUUUGAAUACAAAUGCAACUGCAGAAGACUCUCAAACUGUUCAAAAUAAUGUGGAGGAAGAUUUCAUUGCAUCAUCACCUGUGGUGGUUGUGGAGGAAAUCAAAGUUCAGGCUGAGCCAGCCCAGCCUGAAACAAAGAUAGAAGAGGCAACCACAACAUCUUCCAACCCUGAAGAUAUUUUAGAACAAGUAUUGUCAAGCCCUGAAAUUUUGAAUAUUCCUGAAACACCUCAAGAAGAAAUCACCAAGAUCACCACUCCUUCGUCAACAGAAACUGCAACUACAUCAAAUGAAGAAACCCAAACCCAAACAAAACCAGUGAGUACAGCAACCACUUCCACAGCUUCUGAAAUUGAUGAACAAUUAUUGGAAAAGCUUUCAAACGAAUUCUUUGGAGAGAAAUCAGAAAUUAGAACUGCUGUUCAUGAUAAAGCUGAAACAGUGGAUUUGUAUCAUCAAUACAGAGAACAAGAUGAAAAGACAAAGAAGAAGAAAUUAGCAACUACAACUUCCACAACAGCAACCACCACCACCACAACAACUUCUGGCACCUCUUCAAGCGUGACUACCACUCCUAAGAAAACCACCACUACCAAACCUAAACAAAGUGGAUCAUCCUAUGGCUGGUUACUUGGAGUUGGAGCUUUAGCUGCCAGUGCUGUCAUUGGUAUUUUUGCGGCGAGAAAAUUGAAAAUUUUCUAA